GUUCGCAUCCCUCUUUCGAUCGGCGGCAGAGCGCCCCAAGCCCAAGUCUAAGCCGCAGACUGGAAGAGGGCCUGCAAAAGCGUCCCCGCCAGAUGCGCAGCCUCUGAGCAAAAGCGCCCGCAAGCGGCUGAAGGCCAAGGAAAAGGAAGGCAAGGCAAGCGGAAAGCCUUUGCCAAAAGGAAAACCCGAACCCAAUGUGGGAUCGAAGCAGAAGAAGAAGAGUCCAGUUGUGGAUGAGGAAGCAGGCUCGGUGACCUCAAAAGGGCCAAGCUCUGUCUUGAAGGGGGCGGCCCAGCGGCUGAAGGGCUCCAGGUUCCGCUGUCUCAAUGAAUCGCUGUACACCAUGACGGGUGAUGAGGCUCUGACAAUGUUCACCAAAGACCCUUCCCUGGCAGAUGCGUACCACGAG